UUUAGAUAUUUUCACUUCAACAAACCGUCGUAAUAGUUCUUCUCUCCUCUUCUUCCUUUAUCUGUUGAAUCUUCCUACUUGGUCCUACAACUACAAGUAGUCCGCAUAAUUCUAACAUUUUCUCUCUCUUCCCCAAGUUCCCGAUCUCUCUGACAUGGAGCUUGAACUUUGAAGCUGUCAUCUUCAGGAUAACUUGGGGGUAACAGUAAUUCAAUAACAGGUGUCCUCCACACUUUAUCUUCUUGUCCUAUUUGAUAAGAAAAUAUGGCAAGAUUUCUUUUCCUAGUGUUAUGUAUGGUCAUUGAUUGAGGCUGGAACACUUGGUCCAAAAGGGGAAUUCUGAGUUGAAAGGUUUUUCAAGCUAAGUACUUCUUGAUGGAGGAUCUGCAAGGUGGCUCGGGUCUGAGAAGGAAUUCUGAAUUGGCCAGUGUAACCUCUCAGAAAAUUGCAGCCAAAGUUGAUUCCAUGCCAAAGAUUUUGACACAGAAGUCUCUUAAUCUUAUUGCUUCAAAAGAUCGUGCAGUAAGAGGAGUAGCUGGUGAUGUUGCAUUUUUUUUACUAAAAGUUGCUGUUCUGGAAACUACAAGGAGGUUUUCAAAUGCUAAGUGUCCAGUUGCUUGGCGUGGUCUUCAGGCAUUUCAAAUGCUAUGCUAUCCACCAUUUAAGUGGGUCAGAUGGGCUCCCUUCAAGGGCUUGGUGCACGGUAUGCAGAUGCUGUCACGACCAUUGUUAGUCCUCUCCAUAGCAACAGCUUUCUCUGAUAAAUCAGAUGAGGUGAACAUUACGGAUGAACAUCAAGAUUCUGGUGCACCUGAGACCUUAGAUGAAGAUUCAUCUUCUGUACAGUCCCAUGUUGAUGCAAGGAACAAUGAUGAAUUUCCUAUUUGUCCAUCAGAAAAUUGGUUGCUUACACUUUACGAAGAACUGGAAAGGCAAGGAAUCAGCUUACCAGAAAGGCUUAAUGAGAGUGAGUUACGAAGAUUUUACAGUUCUGCGAAUGGUGACUUUUCAUGCCUGCUUGCGUCAAUUAAGAAGACUGUUCGUUGGAGAGAAACAUACCACAUUCUUUCAGAACCAGAACUUAUGGUGUGGUCAGAUAUAGUCUUCUGGCAUGGCUAUGAUGUGAGACACAGACCUUGCCUUAUUGUACGUCUUGGUGUAGCUUGUACUAGUCUGCCAACUCAUGAUAGACCUCGAUUUGCUCAGGCAGUUGUUUCUCAGAUGGAGCAUGGUAUCCUGCAUUUGGCUGAUCGUGAAAGCCCUCGAGUUAUGGUAGUGGUGGAUUGCAAAGGUUUAUCUCCUUUUAGACUUCCAGUGCAGAUGAUAAGAUCAUGUGCUCUGCUUUUUCAAGAUCACUUUCCACACUGUCUUGGCGGUUUAUUUGUCAUACAGCUUCCUCCUGUAGUACGGGUGAUGGUGCAAACUCUUAUGAAAGUUCUAAACCCUGUCACUCAACAGAAGUUGAAAUUUCUAGGGGAACGGUACCAAGAGAUUCUGUCGGAGUAUUUUCAGGAGCUUCCAGCGUGUCUUGGUGGUAAAUGCAGAUGUUCAGUAUGUUCAAAUGCAAGUUCCCACAAUACUCGGCGAUUGCCUUCUGUAAAAGUGGCAAAUCAACUGCUUGCAGAUGGACUUAAUGGCGAGAAUGUUGAUCUUGAUUUUCUCAGUUCUGAGGUUGAUGUUCGUCACAGUUUUGAUCAGGUGCUAAGAACUGGUAUGAUUGGAUUCCUUAUGUUAUGUGUGCUUGUUGUUUUGCUUGCGGGAUUAUUUGACUCUGAAAGCCGUCCAAACUGACUCCUCUAAGUAAGUUACAAAGGACCUCAGCUUAUUUAGAGUUUAAUUUCUGACAUUGUAAGCGAUAUCUCCUUCCUCUUGUCGAAGCCUAAGUGAGAUCCUGUUGUUAUAUAUAUUAGCAUAGCAAACAUAAUGCACUUUUUGGUGAGGGAAACAUAAUGUAACCAUGUAAAUACAUAGUCGUAUGAAAUUUCAAACUUAUGUGAUUGUAUACGAUUAAUGGAGUUUAUACUUUCUUCUAAA